AUUCGACGAUUCUGCCCGGAUGUUCCAAUACUUGUAGUUGGAAACAAAAAGGAUAUUCGGAACGAGCGGGAUCGUGACAGGCGAAAGAGCGGCAAUGAAAAUCUCGAGCACGUACGGCAACUAGUGAAUUAUGAUGAUGCCGCUGCCUGCUCCAAACAGUUCUCCUCGCACAAAGUGCUCGAAUGCUCUGCCAAAACAAAAGAAGGUGUGCGGAAUGUAUUCGACACGGCUAUUCGAAUAGCCAUUGCGCAUCGGGCGAGUCGCAGCAGCCGAGUGUUGAAUUCGAUCAUGAAGCUGAGGCUUGUUUUUUGA